CGAGCAGAGAUUCCUCUUGCCACUCCAUCCUUUUGUCAUCAACGAGAAGGACCGCAUUUCCCUCUAGAAGUCUCCGCGUUUCUGCUGUUCCGCGGCCCCGUCUUGCGAGGUAUAGCCUCAGCUCUGUGUCGCCGAGCAGCGUUUUCUUCAGUUCAAACAACUGUAGAGCUUCCAACUUCCGUUGAUUUCUGCAGACGGGUUUUCACCGUCACAGAGUGAUUCACUUCGUUUCCGUUGUCGAUUUCUUUCAAAAGUGAAGACGUUUCUUCUGCGUCUCGAGGCGUCUCCGCCCUGUCGCGGUCGGUCUGCAUGCACGGCCUCUCAGCUGUUUCGUCCGCGAAACGCCCCUCGAAUCAGGAUUUUCCGUCGUUUUCCUCUUCUCUUUCUCGUCCUCGGUAUCCCUCUGUUUCGCUCGCGGCCUUCCGACUCGUCGCAUCCCAGGCGAAACGCGUCUGCUCUGCACUUCCUCUGCGAAGGUGAAAACAGUUUUUGGAGCUGAGCGACAAGAGACCGAGAAAAACUUUUCUCCACAAUGCUUGUCGGCAAAAGAGGAGCCGAUGCCACGGCGUCUCUGGGGGUCGGAGAACCUCAGUUAAAGAGGAGACAAGUAGAAACGGGAAACUGCGUUGUCGACUGCGGCGCCUAUCGCCUGCUGGCCUCCUGCUACGGCGACAAAGGAAUGAGGAAGCAAAUGGAAGACGAGCAUGUCAUCGUGCCUUCGCUUCUCCCUUUUCAACCUGCUCUCUCGCCAGCCUACGACUUUGCACUCUUUGCGGUUUUCGAUGGACAUGGAGGACGUCAGUCUGCUGCAUUCGUCAAAGAAGCUUUUCCAUCCGAACUUGCUGCGCAGUUGCUCCUUCUUCAGCAGGAGAAGGAGAACGGCUCGAGCUCUUCAGUUUCUGAGGAAAAAGCGGAUGCGACAGCGUCUGCUGCGAGUGCAGGAGGCUUGACAGAUCGAGAAAUGAAACAAGUGAUCUAUGGAGCCUGCCGGAAAGUGGAUGCGCGCAUAGCAACUGAAAUCCCCUCCUGCCGUGAUGGGUGCACCGCGGUCGUCGCACUUUUCCACGGCCAACAAGUCUACGUCGCUUGUCUCGGAGACAGCGCCGCGUAUUUGGCGCGAAGAAAAGAUCGAACGCUUCACUGCAUUCCUCUGACAGAAGUUCAUCGUCACUGGGUGAUCGAAGAGAAAGAGCGAAUCGCCCGAAUGGGAGGAACGAUCGAGAACGGCAGGGUUAACGGUUCUUUGGAAGUAACGAGGUCUUUCGGUGACAUUUCACUGAAGCGGUACGGCGUCUCGUGUGUGCCAACAGUGAAGAAGUUCACUCUCGAUCCUGCGCUGGACGAGUUCGUCCUCAUGGGAUGCGAUGGCUUCUGGAACUGCUGGACUGCGUCUGAAGCCCUCAACCUCGCGUCGGAGGCAUGGGAGAAGGAAAUCCGGUCAAGCAAAGUUCACUCGAGGCCCGUGGACCCGCAGAACGUUAGCAAACAGCUCGUGGAACAUGUUCUGAUCGAUAAGAAAUCACAGGACAACAUCACGGUGUUGCUCUUGAAAAUUUCAAGGAAAUAAGCCUCGCGUUCCCUAGUUAUCGGUCUGACAAAAAAGGAGUAGACGUCAUCGAGAGAACAACUAGUUCCCGGUUCGAGGAGUCGACCCGCAGCGCUUCGCGCGAAAACGUACACCAAACCGUGAACCGAAAAUGAAAUAGUGGCGGGACCUCCAUGUCGCCUCUGAAAAGGCCCUCAGAUUUUGGUGCAUCGGGGGCUGAACUUUGACGUACUGAAGCAGCUUGGAAUUGUAAAAGGCAUACGUAGGGUUUUGCACUUGAGGGUUAACUGAACUGCUUCAGCCGAAGCACCGCACGUACGCAAAAUACGCACGACGAGGUAUGAGGAGAGAUUUUCGGUGGAUCACUUUCGCUCGGCGACCGAAAACUAAGACGCAAAGAGCAAACGGAUGAGUAGCGGAUUUCCGUGCAAAGUCUGAGAGCACGUCGGCCAACAAGAACGCAGAAGUUCAGCUGACGCGCGUUGAUUUUAACGGGCUCUCUGCCGCUACGUUGGAUCGGUUUGAUCCACGCCCGAAUCGAGAGUCCGGCACAGCGACGCUUGACGAGUGAUACAGACGAAAUGCGGCGCAAGAGAAGUCGAGAAUAGUAAAUAGGAAGACUGCGUUUACUGCAUUGAUCUCCUGCGUGGUUUUUCCCAACAACCCUCCAGAGAACGCCAACUAACUCGGACAGAGUCGAAGGAAGCAAACACAGCAAGGUGUGAAUGCUUUUGCAUCAGGCGUGGAUGUGUUUGCGUCGGAACGCAUUGAUGUGAUCUGAUGUGGUUCUCUUGCAAAUUUCAAGAAUAUGCAGGGUAUAGGAAAGCAGCGAUGGCGAAUAGGCUACGUUUUUGACUUCCUCGCGGGUGAAUGCGUGCACAGAUGCGGAAGUGGGGAAAAAUGCGCAUCACGGGCAGCGUCUGAAAGUGUUUAAAGUGCUCUAAAAUGAAGAGGAGUCUCAUGUCUCCAAAACGAGCUGGGCUUCUGUUUGAGAGGCGUAACCAGGUGCUCAAGUGGGAAUCGAAACUGGAAGCACCGGGGGUAAAAGGGCUGGUGGAGUAUACAGGGGGAGUGCCGGUGAGGGAUGGGAAUUUAGCGUGUUGCACGCUCGUCGGCAACCGGGACAAAAGUCUGGCUAACAUUUUUCUGUUUACUUUCGGUGAAUUGAGCAAACCUAGCAUCUCUGCAGCAAAAUAAAUUAGAGGGAAGGAGCCCGGUGUGAUGGAGUGUGGCGCCGCACGCCGUGGCACCGGCCAAACAAGUUUCCUGUCUGGGAAUUUGGGGUUUUCACGAUCUCAAUGAAAAGGAAUGCAAGCGGAGAAAGCACGUGUCUCGUAGGCGCGUACAAACUGGAAGGAUUCAUGAAAUCUCUCGGUUUUAGCGGCAGCGCCGUUACACCCGUUUCCUCAGGUGUACCGAUGGACAAAUACCAAACGAAAUAUCUUCUAUCGCAUGCGGCGAACUGCCAAAAACCGCUCAACAUGAAUGGAGCCCGAGAUAAAUCCUCUAGAGGAAACAGCGUGUUUAGCUCAAAGUGUACUAGAACUGCUAAACAGCGUUCACUGAAACGCAGAGCGGCCCGAUUCGAGCUGCUGGAAACGAGAGCCGCAUGCGUGUUACAGUAGAGAACCACAGGGAAUCUUCAGUUCUGUCCGCAAAGACGCGUGAAAGAUACUUUGCGAAGUGAGUCCUUGGGUGUCGGGAACAUGAAGAACGACAGCCAUCAGCCCGUCAGUGAAGAGAAGUACAGGCUCAAGCGUGCUGAAUACGAACCACAGUUUCGGAUUGUAAAUGGAUGUCAGGAUGCUACUCACUGUACCCUGUUUUUUACUGUCCGCCCCACAAUAGCAGUAGUGCGGACGUGGAUUCUUCGGGGGUAGGUGUUAGUAGCGGUCGCCAUAAAAAUCUCUAAAACGGCGAGGCGAAAAAACAGGACCUACCAGACCCAACCAGACAGGUUUGUACUAAGUUCGCGUUGUAUCGCAUCUAGGGUGAAGCUAAAACAUCGUCCAGCUUAAUCUUUUCCCU